AUGAGAAUUACCAUUCUUUUUAUUUUGUCAUUAUUUGGCAUGUCACUAAUCCAAUUCGCCCUCCCACAACAAUACGCAAUCACAACAGUGGCAGGUGGUGGCUCUGACAUUAUUGGAGACAAUAUCCCAGCAACCCAAGUUUUUCUCAACAAACCAUACGGUCUUGAAAUUCAUGGAGAAUUGUUGUACAUUGCCGACACUUAUAAUGAUAGAAUUCGUGUGAUGAAUUUAACAAGUCACAAGAUUAGAACAAUUGCAGGAAGUGGUGUGAGAGGAUUUAAUGGAGAUUUUUCGAUGGAUGCGAUGCAAGUCAUGUUUCGUCAACCUGAAGAUGUGAAAAUUGAUCCAACGGAUGGGAAUUUAAUAAUUUCUGAUACUUUCAAUAAUAGAAUUAGGAAAAUGUGGAAAGAGAGUGGUAAUGUUUCGACCAUUGCUGGAACGGGAGCAACAAAUACAGCACCAGGUUUAAAUUUUAAUUCUGACAAUAUUUUGGCAGUUGACAGUUUGUUAGCUUGGCCACUUGGAAUUCUUCCUCUUUCCAAUGGAGAGCUCAUCAUUAGUGAUAUGUGGAAUCAUAGAAUUAGAAAAAUUCUAACCAAUGGCACCAUCACUACUAUAUAUGGUAAUGGACUUGAAGGUUCUGCUGCAGAUGGAUCAAUCGCAUUGAAUUCAAGAGUUUGUGGCCCUGGUAGUGUUAUUCGUCUCGUUGAUGGUAGUUUAGGAAUUGCUGAAAUUUACACAAACAAGAUUCGGUCAAUUAGUUUAGAAAAUGGAACUUUGACAACUUUAGGUGGAAUUGGUCCAGUUGGAAUGGUAAUUAAGAAUGGAGGAUUGAGUGGAGAUGGAGGGCUAGCUAUCAAUGCAAAGUUGAAUAAUCCUCACUUUAUGGCAACUUCACCAAGUGGCGAUUUGUUUAUUUCAGAUUCGUAUAAUGGAAGAAUUAGAAAAAUUCAAGCGAAUGGAACAAUUUCAACAAUUGCUGGAAUGGGCGCCAUUAAUGUCAAUUGGGGAACUUUAAAUUUUAAUGGAGAUUUCAAGAUUGCAACCCAGGCGUUAUUGAGCUUUCCAACUGGAAUAGUUUACGAUAAGAAAAAUGAUGAAAUUUACUUUGCAGAUUCGAGUAAUAAUCGAAUUCGAAAGCUCUCACUUUCAAUUUUCUGUAAUGGUACACUAUACACGAAUUCAUCAGUUUGUAGUGGAAAUGGAAAGUGUAUUGCAACCGAAACUUGUCAAUGUAACUCUGGUUGGAAAGGUCAACUAUGCGAAACACCUGAUUGUGGGCUAGUUCACAAUUGCAGUUCAUAUGGUAACUGUAUAGGUCCCAAUCAAUGUCAAUGCGAAACUGGAUACCUUGGAAUUGACUGCAGCAUUCCAACAUGUGAAAAUAUCUCAUCACUCAAUUCAAGUUUCGUCUGCAGUGGAAAUGGCAAAUGUCAAACUUUAAAUUCUUGUAAUUGCAGUGAAGGAUAUUUUGGAAUAGUUUGCCAAUUGACAACUUGUAAUGGUUUUCUAUCAAAUUCAAGUCAAGUUUGUUUGGGAAGAGGUAAAUGUGUUGGACCAGAAAAAUGUUCAUGUUUCGGUUCGUGGGUUGGAUCCAAUUGUGAAAUAUUCGAUUCUUCUCCCAAGUUGAAAGAAUACGAUGAAACUGGUUUAAUUGUCAGUAUGACCAUAUCUGGUGUCAUUUUACUCAUUGCCUUCAUUCUAGAUAUUGCCAGUUGUGUUAACAUUCCCAAGCUGAGAAUGAAAUUUAAAAAACAAGAAUUGAAUUAAAAAAACUUUACAUGU